GCGCUGGGUCAGGGCUCCGCAGGAAGCUGCAGCCGGACUGGAGGCGGCGGCCGUGGCCUGGUGGUGGCGGGGGGUCCCCGGCCGCUCUGAGGCGCCGCCAUGGACCGGUUCGCGUGGGCCAGCGGCCUGCUGGAGAUGAACGAGACGCUGGUGAUCCAGCAGCGCGGGGUGCGGCUCUACGACGGGGAGGAGAAGGUAAAGUUUGAUACUGGGGUAUUGCUACUUAGCACACACCGACUGAUGUGGAGAGAUCUGAAAAAUCAUGAAUGCUGCAUUGCUAUCCCUCUUUCUCAGAUUGUCUUCAUUGAAGAGCAAGCAGCUGGGAUAGGAAAAAGUGCCAAAAUAGUGGUUCAUCUUCAUCCAGCUCCUUCAAACAAAGAGCCUGGCCCGUUCCAGAGCAGCAAAUAUUCCUACAUCAAACUUUCUUUCAAAGAACAUGGUCAGAUUGAGUUCUAUAGACGGUUGUCAGAAGAAAUGACACAGAGGAGAUGGGAGAACAUGCCUGUUUCUCAGACCAUUCAAAUUAACAGGGGUUCACAGGCAGGAAGAAUAAGGGCCGUAGGAAUUGUUGGUAUUGAGAGGAAAUUAGAAGAGAAGAGAAAAGAGACUGACAAAAACAUUUCUGAGGCUUUUGAAGAUCUCAGCAAGUUAAUGGAAAAGGCUAAGGAAAUGGUCGAGUUAUCCAAAUCAAUAGCUAACAAAAUUAAAGAAAAACAAGGUGACAUCACGGAAGAUGAGACUAUCAGGUUUAAGUCUUAUCUGUUGAGCAUGGGUAUAGCUAACCCAGUUACCAGGGAAACGCAUGGAUCUGGCACACAUUACCAUAUGCAACUGGCAAAACAACUAGCUGGAAUACUACAGUCACAACUAGAGGAACGAGGGGGAAUAAUGUCACUUACAGAGGUAUAUUGUCUAGUAAACCGGGCUCGGGGAUUGGAGUUGCUCUCUCCAGAAGAUUUAGUAAAUGCUUGUAAGAUGCUAGUGGCACUGAAAUUACCCCUAAGGCUUCGUCUAUUUGACAGCGGUGUAAUGGUGAUUGAGCUCCAGUCCCACAAUGAAGAGGAAAUGGUGGCUUCUGCUUUAGAGACAGUGUCUGAAAAAGGUUCUCUUACAGCUGAAGAGUUUGCUAAGCUUGUGGGGAUGUCUGUUCUUUUAGCCAAAGAGAGGCUACUUCUAGCUGAAAAGAUGGGCCAUCUUUGCAGAGAUGAUUCAGUGGAAGGCUUGAGAUUCUAUCCAAACUUAUUUAUGACACAAAGUUAACGAUAUUGUAGUUCAUGCAUGUUUAUCGUGUAAUGGUUGAACAAAGCGAGCAGAAGGAGGAGCCCUUCAAAUGACAGAUUUUAAGAUUUUGCUUUGUUAAUCAAAACAAUGGUGAAUAUUGUGAUGAAAAAGCUUUUACAGCUAUUUCAAAUGCUGAGUGGUCCUAUUUGGAAUGGAGAGGAAUGUUACAGAAAGUAACAAGAAUCAUGGAGUCAGAAUCAUCUGAUCUCAAAUUGGCAAGCUGAUAUACACUUAGUCAGCAUAAGUUUUACUCAAUAGUCCAUUUAUCUUUUCACUUCAGGAGAUGUGAGAUGAUGAUUUCACAAGAGUUAAAGUGGAGGAAAUAUCCUUUGUGGUCUGUUUUGCAAAGGCAGAAAGAACAUAGAACACUAUCAUUUACUGCAUACAGAUGAUAGCAAGGAAAUAGAAGUGUGUACAUGCCAAAGUAAGCUUCCUCUCCGUACUCUCCAGCUUCAAUGUAUUUUUUGUGUCUGUGAGUUCAAUCAGAGACAUAUAUCCAUAGGGAUGAGAAAUGUUACAUGGUUUAUGCAUGUUGAGGUCUGAGGAACAAAUCAAUAUUGAAUGCUCCCUUUUCCCAGGAACUAUAAAAAUUUUUCCUAGCAAGGAUCCCAAAUUUUGGGAGUCAAAGCCCAGUGAAUUCUUUAUAGAUAUAAAUGACCUGCCUUAAUAGAGACUAACCUAUGUUAUGAAAAUCUGGAAAACGUAGUGUUUAAUAUGUCAUGUCUAAUGCUAAAUAGACAAACAAGAAGUAUUGUGAGUGCAGAGGUCCUCCUUUCUUUGCUCUCCCUCCCCCAAAAAGCUUCAUUAUGUUGCUGUUUGUGUGCGCUUUUGCCAGCUCCUGUAGCUAGUGUUGAGGGAAAUCAAUUAUUCUGUCACUGCAUCCUGUCCAACAGCAUAAUGACCUGUUUUUCCUUUCAGACUUCUAAAGAAAAGUCAUUGAUCAAAGCUGCCUACCAUGUGUCUGUCUUGGAGAGAUGGUUUGUUAACUUGCAUAACCUUAGUCUGCAGAAACCAGUGUUUUAAUAUUAAAAGGAAGAACAGAAAAACCCUCAUGUUUAUCAGUCGAGGUAUAAACCCUUUGGUUUUACCUAUGCUGUGGAUUUACAGAAUUCAGUUACACAGCCCUAACUUUCUGUAACCCCUGUGGAUUUGUAUAUUAGUUAUAUGUUUUAGAAGAGCUAAAGUUACAUAGAUGAUGAUAAGUGAUGUCAGAGGCUCACAUGACUUAAGCUUCCCACAUAACCAGAUAUGAUAUAUUAUUGCAGAAUUGAGUUCAAAGUUUGGAUGAAGACCACAUUGAUGUAGCUUUGAAUUAAAGAUAUGGCAAUAAUAAUCAGAUAGAAGUUAAAGGAAAGAGAGAGGUUCUUUUAAUUGUCUAAAAAUAUUUAUAGAAAUCUUACAGUAUCACCACAGUUUGGUCAAGGUUGAAGGGCCACCCAGGCUCAGGUUUUUGAUAGUUACUGUUUACCUGUUUGUUUUCCCAUGUACCUCUGCUUUAAAUUUGCUUUGGUUCUUCUCCCACACCUUCAUUGCAGGCUCUUGUAGGAUGCUCAUCUGGAGCAAAGACAUGCUGUCCCCCAGUGCAUCUCCCUAGUUAGCCUUCAUGCCGUGCUCUCUUAGGGCACUGUUCUCCUUGCAGUUCCUCAAGUGGAGGGGAGCCAAAACUCAUUGUUUGGGCAGGGAAAGGAAUUACACGGGGAAGAACUGGUACCAGGGCAUUGUCAAUGCUCUGUACUUUCUCUGCAGCAGCUUUGUAGAGAUCCAGAUUUAUGGGUGGGGAAGGAGGGACCAGUUGAACUCCACCACAUUCUCUUUUUUCACCUCCCCCCUGUAAACAACAGGACAGAUCAGUACAGGUUACUGCGGACAAUGUGCUCUCAAAGAGUUGAAGAACUGAGAGGCAAAGAGGACACCUAAAAUGGAUGUUCUUGCUGUCAGUGUUUUGCUGGAGAGCCAUGAAUGUUAGGAAAAGAUCCACUGGUUUAGGUGGCUGAAACCUUCAUAAGGGGGCAGCUUUUCCUCUCCACAACCAUGAUGAAAGUGUAAAAAGGAAAUACCAAAUUUACACUCUUAAUGUCUGUUCCCCUACUCAGGAAUAACCCAUAUAGAGCCCUUAGUUUGUCUCAGUUGAGCAAUAAUGGUACAACAUACAUCUUAGCUUUAGCCUUAUGGUACUUCCUUGGGCCUUUUUUCAAGAUAGGGUCUUUUUCUUUGUAUAGGGAGAGAAAACUCCUUGGGUUAAAUUAUGUUGCUUAUUUAGAAUUUAAUUGUAUAUAUUAGGAAAUUGUUGCCACAAAGUAAUAAAAAUAAACUGAUUUUCUUAA